UUCAAAUAUGCGAGGUGAGUUCAAUGGUUUGAAGGCCCUUAUAUUACAAGAAAAUCCCUAUGCGAUGUAUAUUCACUGUUUUGCUCACCAACUCCAGUUAGUUAUUGUUGCUGUUGCUAAGGGAAAUAUCAUUGUCAGUGAAUUCUUUGUCUAUGUCUCUAUGAUUGUCAAUUUAACUGGAGCAUCAUGUAAAAGGAGAGAUCAAUUAAGACAAAUAGAACAUGAUAAGAUUGUUACACUUUUAGACAGUGGAGAUAUUAUUAGUGGAAAAGGCAAAAAUCAAGAAACUAGUUUAGCAAGACCAGGGGAUACUCGUUGGGGAUCACACUAUCUAACAUUACUUCGUCUAUCCUCUAUGUGGGCUUCGGUGAUUGGAAUAUUGGGAAAUAUACAAGAUGAUGCCACCACUUCUGACAAUAGAGGUAUGGCCAGGGGUUUGAUUGAUAGAAUGAAUGAUUAUGAGUUUGUUUUUGCAUUGCACCUGAUGAAGUAUUUAUUGGGAAUCACAAAUGACUUGUCACUUGUUUUGCAACAAAGGGAUCAAAAUAUUGUCCAAGCCAUGAGUUUGAUUGAUACUAUGAAAUCUCAAUUGCAAGACUUUAGGGAAGAGGGAUGGCAAAUAAUUUUAGAUGAAGUCAACAAUUUUUGUGAGUUGAAUAUGAUUCCCGUGAUUGAUAUGGAAGACAGUAUAGCAAUCCGUGGCAAUGCCAGGCGCAGUCGCAGAGGUCAAACCAUCACUAAUUUUCAUCAUUAUCGCGUGGAAAUUUUUUGUGAGGUUGUUGAUUUAAUUAUACAAGAGAUGAAUAAUCGUUUCUCGGAAGUUAGCACGGAAUUGCUUAGUUGCAUAGCAUGUCUUGAUCCAAAAAGUUCUUUCUCUCAAUUCAAUGUGCAGAAACUACUCCGUCUUGCUGAUUUAUAUCCUGAAGACUUCUCAAGUAACGAUUAUUUAUAUCUUGAGUCUCAACUUCGAAAUUAUAUUUAUAAUGUGCAACGCGAUCCUCAAUUUUCAGAAGUUGGAGAUUUGGGAAGUCUUGCUCAACAAAUGGUUAAAACUGGUAAAAAUACAGUUUUUCCAUUGGUUUAUCGUCUGAUCCAGUUGGCAUUAGUUCUACCAGUUGCGACUGCUUCUGUUGAAAGAGUAUUUUCUGCAAUGAAUAUUGUCAAGACUGAUUUGCGCAACAAAAUGGGAGACGAGUGGAUGAAUGACUGUCUGGUUGUAUACAUCGAGAAGGAUAUUUUUGCAACAAUUGAAAAUGAGCAAAUAUUGCAGCGUUUUCAACGGAUGAAGACUCGCAGAAUGCAAUUGCCUCCUCUUCGUUAUUCGAGUGCAACAACUACCAAUACUUCAAGUGUUAAUCAAUAACAAAUUUUUGGGUAUGUA